UCAGAUAAACGGAAAACAACCAAAUCAACCAACCGAUACAAAACCCGUCUUACACAUUUACGCAUAAACCAAACUGUACCAGAAGAAAAUUAUAACCAAAAGAAAAGAAAAACUCUCAAACAACAAGAAGAAGCUAACUUAAUUGUAUUUGUUAUUAUGGAUAGGGUGUUUUCAGUAGACGGAAUCUCAGAACAGUUCUGGUCACCACCACUACCGCCACCGCCACCUUCUUCUUCUUCUUCUGCAGAAGAUUCGUCGAAAAAAAUAAACAGAAGUGCAUCAGAAUGGGCCUUUCAACGCUUUCUUCAAGAAGCUAAUUCUGUUGCUUCUACUACCGACUCUUCUUCUUCUUCCGAUGUUGUUGUCAGGGACAAUCACAAAACAUCUGAUGAUGCUGUCGUUGAAAUCAAGGAUAAUAAAAACAAUACUAAUAAAUAUAAUGAUUCUUCUGUUUCUAGUGCUAAUGCUCAAAUUAGCAAUGGGAGAUGUGCCCCGCCUCCGUUUAAUGCAGCUGCUCCUCCUCCGAAUAUUCCGGCGGAUUCUGAAGAUUACCAGGCUUUUCUUAAAAGUAAACUCAAUUUGGCUUGUGCCGCCGUUGCUCAGUCCCGGGCAUCUUUUCUGAAACCUGAAGAUUCAUCUGCUCGAGCUGACAGUGGAUUGCAGGCUUCAAAUACUUCACAAUUAGGAUCUCAUGCUCCUUCUAAAGGGGCUGGACAUGAUGUAUUUAGAUCACAAGAGGUGGACGUUGAUGGAUCAGUUGGAAUCCCCUCCUUACCUAGCACGCACAAGAAAUCUGUAGUUCCUCUAAAGCCAACAACAAGUGGAUCAUCAAGAGAACAGUCAGACGAUGAUGAAAAUGAAGGAGAAACUGAGCUAACUGAGAAUAUGGACCCGACUGAUGCAAAACGUGUGAGAAGAAUGCUUUCAAAUAGAGAGUCAGCUAGACGAUCGCGAAGAAGAAAGCAGGCUCAUCUGACAGAGCUCGAGACACAGGUUGCUCAACUGAGAGUCGAAAAUUCAUCUCUAUUAAAGCGUCUCACUGACAUAAGCCAUAAGUACAAUGAAUCAGCUGUCGAUAACAGAGUAUUAAAAGCUGAUGUUGAAACAUUGAGAGCGAAAGUGAAGAUGGCUGAGGAGACGGUCAAAAGGAUUACGGGGUUGAAUUCUCUGUUCCAUACCAUACCUGAAAUGUCCACAAUGAGCAUGCCAUCGUUUGAUGGAAGCCCUUCUGACACAUCAACUGAUGCGGCAGUUCCUGUCCAAGAUGACACAGAGCAUCAGUUUUAUCAGCCUCCAAAUAAUCCAUUGUCCACUCAUGACCCAAGAGUAAACAAUGCUUUGGCAGACAUCUCCUCAGUUGAAAACGUGCAGCCACAUUCUGGAGCAGCAGGUUUAGGAGGGAACAAGAUGGGACGGACAGCUUCCUUGCAGCGAGUGGCUAGCUUGGAGCAUUUACAGAAACGGAUCCGUGGGGGUGCAACUCCUUGUGAGACCCAGUCCAGUGGAGAGCAUCAGUAAGGGCUUCAAAUGUGAAGGUUUUAAUGAAGGAUGUUGUCCAGAAGCAUUCUGCUGCAGGAUCAUUUUGGGUUCAACUGUAUGUAAACAUCUAUUCUUCAUCUUGGCCACAUGGUGAUCAAACUGUUAUUUUUAACCUUCAUCUGAUCAUGCGACAGCAGCUUGCUUUAUAGAACAGUUGAUCAAUAUAAUUAUCAAUUUUUCCAAGGCUCCUUUUGUCCUUGGCAUGUCA